AUGACACAUCAAUGUUUAACAUAUCUCGCCUCCUCAGCCGCUCUUGUAUCCACAUUGGCUUUUCCGACGCCAGCACCCGACGACUCAAGCGAAGAUUGGUCGGCCCAUAAAUCGAAAUUCUCCCCGUGGACUCCACAGCCUUCAACUAUGGAAGCGGGGACCCAAACCGAUUUCCGUACCACUAGAAAUAAUAAUAAUAACAACAACAAUGCAGGAAACGCAAAUUAUCUCAGCCCUUCAGACAUCAGGUACUUGGAAACGAUCACAAACCUAUCUCAACAAGCAUUGAACAACGUGAAGGAUACCAUAGACACAAUAAAUGGAGUAGACCCGCCGCCGCCGACACCGCAGCCAAGAGCACAAUAUCCAAAUGCAUAUAAUAAUCCAUAUCAGCAGAACAGUUGGACACCACCGCCAUAUCCAACGCUUCCGCCUGAUCGUCUUCUCCUUCAUCCUCUCGAGCCUCCACAUCAUCCACCACAUGAUCCUCCUUACCCACCACACCAUAAGCCCACUACUCCUCAAUACUAUGAUCCAUAUUACGGAGGUGACCACAAAUACAGUGAACAAGGCGGUGGUGUCAAUGCAGUCGCCCUUGGAUUGGGUCUCGGUAUCCCACUUGGAAUAAUUGCUUGUGCUCUCGCAGUAUUCAUAUUUUUCUGGUGCAGGAAAAGAAGACGGCAGAAUAGGAAUCCAUUCCCAAUGCCAUUCACUACAAAGAAAGGAAAUGAUUAUGAGACACAAUUAGAUAGUCCGGCCUAUUCGAUACACGACCCAUGGCUGCUGGACAGAAACAAUUUGGAGAUCAACUACUCGAAAAAACUUGGAAGUGGUGCAUUUUGUAACGUGUUCAAAGGAAAAAUUAACGGAGAAGCGCCGGUUUCCACUAUCCAUCCAGGUCAAAGAACUCAACAAUUGAGGGAUUGUCCUGUAGCCGUGAAGAUGCUUCCAAGUUUUGCUGAUGAUGCAGCUAGAUCAGAUUUCAUGCAGGAAAUAAACUUCAUGAAGUCACUGGCCUACCAUCCCCAUCUAGUUUCUAUGCUGGGCUUUGUGGCUGAUCGAAAAUCGCCGUACUUGCUGGUGGAGUUUUGUGAACAUGGAGAUCUGUUGCAUAUGAUUCGAAAUAGAAAACAAGAAAUUAUGGAUGGUCCAUCUAUAUCCCCAGACGGUUUAAAAAUCAAAGACUUGCUGAUGUUCUCAUGGCAGAUUAGUAAUGGUUUGGAGUACCUCAACAACAUCGGAUGCAUUCACCGUGACAUUGCCGCUCGUAACGUACUUGUUGACUCAUCCAACACGUGCAAAAUUGGGGAUUUCGGAUUGUGCAGGCUGACAGAUUCACUUUUGUAUACUGCAAGAGGGGGACGUCUUCCUUUGAAAUGGAUGGCUCCUGAAUCAUUGUCAUCAUAUGAGUACUCUUUCAAAAGUGAUGUGUGGUCCUACGGAGUUCUACUAUGGGAACUAUUUUCUCUCGGUGAGGUUCCAUAUGGUGAGGUGCAAACGACGGAGCUCCUUCAAACUCAUCGCUCUGGAAAGCGAUUAUUGAAACCGGAAUACUGUCCGGAUGAGAUAUACGACGUGAUGAGAUCUUGUUGGCAAGAGCUCCCCGACGAUCGUCCGGCAUUCCAACAAACAUGUGCAGUGCUCGCACAAAUGUUGGAGAACGCAACUGAAAACUAUGGAUAUCUGAUACCGAAACAUUUCACUAAUCAAAAGGAUCCAUCAGAACAAUGCGACAAUGUGUAG